AUGGUAACAACGGGCAGCCGCCCACCAAGACCCUCCAUGGUAACAACGGGCAGCCGCCCACCCCUCCAUGGUAACAACGGGCAGCCGCCCACCAAGACCCUCCAUGGUAACAACGGGCAGCCGCCCACCAAGACCCUCCAUGGUAACAACGGGCAGCCGCCCACCAAGACCCUCCAUGGUAACAACGGGCAGCCGCCCACCAAGACCCUCCAUGGUAACAACGGGCAGCCGCCCACCAAGACCCUCCAUGGUAACAACGGGCAGCCGCCCACCAAGCCCCUCCAUGGUAACAACGGGCAGCCGCCCACCAAGACCCUCCAUGGUAACAACGGGCAGCCGCCCACCAAGACCCUCCAUGGUAACAACGGGCAGCCGCCCACCAAGACCCUCCAUGGUAACAACGGGCAGCCGCCCACCAAGACCCUCCAUGGUAACAACGGGCAGCCGCCCACCAAGACCCUCCAUGGUAACAACGGGCAGCCGCCCACCAAGACCCUCCAUGGUAACAACGGGCAGCCGCCCACCAAGACCCUCCAUGGUAACAACGGGCAGCCGCCCACCAAGACCCUCCAUGGUAACAACGGGCAGCCGCCCACCAAGACCCUCCAUGGUAACAACGGGCAGCCGCCCACCAAGACCCUCCAUGGCAACAACGGGCAGCCGCCCACCAAGACCCUCCAUGGUAACAACGGGCAGCCGCCCACCAAGACCCUCCAUGGUAACAACGGGCAGCCGCCCACCAAGACCCUCCAUGGCAACAACGGGCAGCCGCCCACCAAGACCCUCCAUGGUAACAACGGGCAGCCGCCCACCAAGACCCUCCAUGGUAACAACGGGCAGCCGCCCACCAAGACCCUCCAUGGUAACAACGGGCAGCCGCCCACCAAGACCCUCCAUGGCAACAACGGGCAGCCGCCCACCAAGACCCUCCAUGGUAACAACGGGCAGCCGCCCACCAAGACCCUCCAUGGUAACAACGGGCAGCCGCCCACCAAGACCCUCCAUGGUAACAACGGGCAGCCGCCCACCAAGACCCUCCAUGGCAACAACGGGCAGCCGCCCACCAAGACCCUCCAUGGUAACAACGGGCAGCCGCCCACCAAGACCCUCCAUGGUAACAACGGGCAGCCGCCCACCAAGACCCUCCAUGGUAACAACGGGCAGCCGCCCACCAAGACCCUCCAUGGUAACAACGGGCAGCCGCCCACCAAGACCCUCCAUGGUAACAACGGGCAGCCGCCCACCAAGACCCUCCAUGGCAACAACGGGCAGCCGCCCACCAAGACCCUCCAUGGUAACAACGGGCAGCCGCCCACCAAGACCCUCCAUGGUAACAACGGGCAGCCGCCCACCAAGACCCUCCAUGGUAACAACGGGCAGCCGCCCACCAAGACCCUCCAUGGUAACAACGAGCUAGACAGGGAGGGGGCCCAAACUAGAAGCCCUAGUGACAUCUAG